GGUAAAAAAAAAAAAGUUUUUGAAAAAUUCACUUUUCGUAAACAUCAAGUCUUCAUGACAAUUGAAGGCAGCAUCAUCCAUAAACCAUCUUUUUUAUCAUAGCAUGAUGCAAUGUUAUUCCUGAAGAGCCUGGGAACAUCUACUAAUAUUUUCUUCUUUAGAUCCGACUAGGAUCAUAACGCUAUCAUCAUCGAGCAUGAAUAAGAUGGGCGAUACUACUACUAUGUCAACGAUACCCACGAUUUCGACAGCGACACUCGCUUCCGAUCCCUCCAUCACACCCUCCAAUCUCCCCAAGGAACUCCCUCUUCGACUCCCCGAAACAAUUGGUGCCGUCAUCGAGAUCCGUACUUCUCCAAAGGGUGGUCUGGGUAUAUUCGCGCUCUGUACCAUACCAACCAAUACUCUCCUCCUAAGCGAACAACCUCUCGUCAUUCUUACCGACACGGGAACACGCACUGAUCCCCUUGAUGAUCUCGUAUCCGGCUUAUCUUCUUCUCGCAAAUCUGCGUUCCUGUCCUUACAUGCUUAUCGCGCAAAUCCUCGAGAAUCCAGAAAUAGAAGUAUUUUAUAUAGUAAUGGAUUUGGAGUGGGUAAAGUGGAAAAUUUGUCAACGGGCGUUUUCGAAACGGCUAGUAGAUUUAAUCAUGCCUGUACGCCGAGUGCAGAGUAUAGAUGGGAGGUGGAUGCGGAUGGGGUAGGGAGAAUGAAAUACUUUAGUAAGAGAGUUAUCGAGGUGGGAGAGGAAAUCACUGUAGAUUAUGGACAUGGGGUUAUGGGAUUGAAGAGAUUUUACGGCUUCGAGUGUGAUUGUAGGAAAUGUAGAGGGACGGAGACACGGGGCGGGGAAGCAAUUGCGGAAGUGAGGGAUGUGGAAAUUUUUGGGGAGGUGGAACUAGAAGGGGUUGUGCAGUUAGGCUAAAGGGUUUGGGAAUGGAAGUGGCAAAGUCUGGGAUGGAGUUGGGUGCUCGAGACUACUGGCGAGACGAAACUCUUGGACAUCUGCAAUUUUCGUGGACAGUAAAGAAAUCCGACACUUGAAUUAAAUUUACAAGCCUGCAAGAAAAUCGUCGCGUUAAUAUUUUCACCAAGAAUCAUAAAGCGUCA